UAUAAUUGCGCGGCCCGCGCGCGCGUUUCUCUCCUGGAGCAGACACCGGCGCGGGUGAUGGCUGCCCCUUCCCUCGUGUUCACGUUGGCCACCCGGCUGCUCCGGCCAGCGCAGAGCUGCCGCCUCCGCCAUCGCCCCUUCCACCUCUCGGUAGUUCGAAAUGAAGCUGUUGUCAUUUCUGGAAGGAAACUUGCCCAGCAGAUCAAGCAGGAAGUGCGGCAGGAGGUGGAAGAAUGGGUAGCAUCGGGCAACAAGCGGCCACACCUGAGCGUGGUUCUGGUUGGUGAGAAUCCUGCAAGUCACUCCUACGUCCUCAACAAAACCAGGGCAGCUGCAGAAGUGGGAAUCAACAGUGAGACAAUUGUGAAACCAGCUUCAAUUUCAGAGGAAGAAUUGUUGAAUUUAAUCAAUAAACUAAAUAAUGAUGAUAAUGUAGACGGCCUCCUUGUUCAGCUGCCUCUUCCAGAGCACAUGGACGAGAGAAAGAUCUGCAAUGCUGUUUCUCCAGACAAGGAUGUUGAUGGCUUUCAUGUACUUAAUGUAGGGCGAAUGUGUUUGGACCAGUAUUCCAUGUUACCAGCUACCCCAUGGGGUGUCUGGGAAAUAAUUAAGCGAACUGGCAUUCCAACCCUGGGGAAGAAUGUGGUUGUGGCUGGGAGGUCAAAAAACGUUGGAAUGCCCAUUGCAAUGCUGCUACACACAGAUGGGGCUCACGAACGCCCUGGAGGCGAUGCCACUGUUACAAUAUCUCAUCGAUACACUCCCAAAGAGCAACUGAAGAAACAUACAGUUCUCGCUGACAUUGUGGUGUCUGCUGCAGGCAUUCCAAAUCUGAUCACAGCAGAUAUGAUCAAGGAGGGAGCAGCAGUCAUCGAUGUGGGAAUAAAUAGAAUUCAAGAUCCCAUCACUGCUAAAUCCAAGUUGGUUGGAGAUGUGGAUUUUGAAGGCGUCAGAAAGAAAGCCGGUUACAUCACUCCAGUCCCUGGGGGUGUUGGUCCCAUGACAGUGGCUAUGCUAAUGAAGAAUACCAUUAUUGCUGCAAAAAAGGUGCUGAGGCUUGAAGAGCGGGAAGUAUUGAAGCCUAAGGAGCGUGGAGCUGCUACUAAUUAACUGUUGUGUCUUCUUUUCACGAACAACAGUCCAAGCCAGUUCAAGAGGCAAAACAGGCCAAUAGAAAUGCAAUAUUUUUUAUUUAUUUUACUGAAAUGGUUUAAAAUGAUGCUUUGUAUUUAUUGAAAGCUUAAAUGGGUGGGUGUUUGUGCACAGAGCUCUGCAGUACCUCACCAUGGAGCACGCCCGCAUCCUGCUGGGUUGUGUGAUCCAGCCAAGAGAAGCCAUUAACCUAGUGAUUAACAUGGAGGACAUUGUCACAGUGAGAAUGGAUGCUUAACUUUGUCAAGCCACUUAAGUUAAAAAUUGCCUUUUCUAGGAUUGCAUUUCCC